AAUCCGCUCUUUCUUUUCCUUCUUCCUUCAUUUCUUGUCUGAAUACCACAUUUCUUUCAUGGCAGAAACCAAUGAACCCUUCCACAUACCACAACAAAACAGAAAGAACAAGCUUAGGUUCACCAUUGAAACCAACCAACACCAGCAACAAGCUUUCAUGCAUGGUCCCCAGUGUGGUAGUGGUUUAGCUUUAUCUCUAGCUUUUCAACAUAAUAAUCCCAAGAUUAUGAGCAAUCUCCCUUUGAGCUUAAAUCAACAGAAUCUGCAGAUAAGAAGCUCAGUUCCACUUGGUCCAUUCACUGGCUAUGCAUCUGUGUUAAAAAGUUCAAAGUUCUUGAUCCCAGCACAGCAGAUUUUAGAUCAAUUUGUGGGUGUUGAUUAUACAGUUUCAGAUCUUCCAUUAGCUGAUCAUGAUGAUGAUGGUGUCGAUGAUGAUGAUGAUGACAAUCCAAUAACAUGCAGUGAUAAAAUUCAACAUCGUUUGAAGAAUUCAAGGCUCAUUCUCUUACUAGAUGAGGUAUAUAGGAAGUACAAGUUGUAUUGCCAGCAAAUGCAAUCAGUUGUUUCAUCGUUUAAAUGUGUUUCCGGGCUCGGAAACGCUGCACCGUACGUGUGUUUCGCUUUCAAAGCCGUUGCGAAGCAUUUUAGUUGCUUGAAGAAUGCUAUUUUGGACCAAAUUCAGUUUGCAGGCAAGACCGUGUCCAUUGUCAAUAAUGGCGGUGUCGAUAAAGUUAAUGUUCCGGGCGUUUGGACGUCUGAUCAACAAGGGAUCAAUAACCAAAAUCCGAUUUUUCUUCACCAUCCACUUUGGAGAUCUCAAAGAGGAUUACCGGAUCACGCGGUCGCGGUGCUCAAGACAUGGCUGUUCGAGCAUUUCCUGCAUCCUUAUCCGUCGGAUACCGAAAAACUAAUGUUAGCUCAACAAACCGGUCUAUCUAGGACUCAGGUUUCAAAUUGGUUCAUCAACGCAAGAGUUAGAUUAUGGAAGCCAAUGGUGGAAGAAAUACACAAUCUUGAAUUAAGACAAGCUCAAAUUCAGACAAAAACAACAAAUCAAGACCCUAAACUGCCACAUUUCAUUACAAGCCAAGAAGUCCAAAAUGUCCAAACGAAGCGGCCGAGGAACGAAGCGGUGUACGAUGAAGAAACCGAGUUGCAGAAGAGUACAUCACCUUGCAUUGAUCAGAUUCCAAGCAAUCAGCAUAAUAAUAUUGGAGUUGGUGGAACCAGUGGUUUUUGUUUAGCAUUGUGUCUGAACCAGAACAAUGGGGUUGAAUUGGAACAACAGCCAUUGCUGCCUAUGAACUUGUGUCAUAAUUUCAGGUUGGAAAGCGAUGGUGAACUGAGUUUGAAACCAGGUUUUGAUGUUGGAAGACAGUAGCUGAGCAUUGUUUUGUUAUGAUGUUUUAUUGCUUUGCUAAUCUUUGCCUUUGAAAAACUUUGAAACUUGUAACUGUUUCUUUAUGCUAUUUUAUUUUCCCUUCUUCAUUAAA